CCCACCAACCCACGAGACCAACCAAAGGAGGCCUCAACCUCCUACAUUCAUCAUUCCUAGUGGGGAAGCGCCAAAGCAAACAACCAGCGCGCUCCCCCACCAACCCACGAGACCAUGGCCGCGCCCACCGUCGCCAAGUCGCCGCCGGAGCUCGUCCCUCCGGCGGGGCCCACCCCGGGCGGCGUGCUCCCGCUCUCCUCUAUCGACAAGACCGCCGCCGUCCGCGUCUCGGUCGACUUCAUCCAGGUCUUCCCCCCGUCCUCCGACCGGGGCGGCGACGACCAGGUGGCCACGAUGCGCCAAGGGUUCGCGAGGGCGCUGGUGCCCUACUAUCCGGUAGCCGGUCGCAUCGCGGAGCCCUCCCCGGGCGACCUCGUGGUGGACUGUACCGGCGAGGGCGUCUGGUUCGUGGAGGCCACGGCGAGCUGCUCGCUCGCCGACGUCAACGGCCUCGAGCGCCCGCUGCUCAUCCCCAAGGCGGAGCUUAUCCCCCGCCCUCCCCCCGAGGAGAAGCUCGAGGACCUCAUCCUCAUGGCGCAGGUCACGAAAUUCACCUGCGGUGGAUUCGCCGUGGGGAUCUGCUUCAGCCACCUGGUGUUCGACGGGCAGGGCGCCGCGCAGUUCCUGCAAGCGGCAGGCGAGCUGGCCCGGGGGUUCCCGGCGCCAUCAGUGGCUCCCGUGUGGGACCGCGAAACGAUCCCGGACCCACCCAAGCUGCCGCGCGGUCCGCCGCCGUCAUUCACGGCGUUCAGCUUCGUGACACAGGUGGUCGAGAUCUCGCCGGAGAGCAUCCUGCGAAUCAAGGACGAGUUCAAGGCCGCCACGGGGGAGACCUGCUCCACCUUCGACGCGGUGACGGCCGCGGUCUUCAAGUGCCGUGCGCUGGCGGUGGAGCUCGCCGACGCCGCUGAAGUCCGCCUUGGCUUCGCCGCCAGCACGCGGCACCUCCUUCAGGGCGUGCUGCCGUCAGUGGAUGGCUACUAUGGCAACUGCGUGUACCCGGUCGGGAUCACCCGGAGCAGCAAGACCAUCCGGGAGGCGCCACUGCCCGAAGUGGUCGGCGUAAUGCGAGAGGCCAAGGAGGCGCUUAAGGUGAGGUUCACGGACUGGAUGCACGGCGGCGCCAAGGAUGACCACUACAACGUGCCGCUGGAUUACGGCACCGUGACGGUGUCGGACUGGAGCCGCGUUGGCUUCAACGAGGUGGACUACGGCUUCGGCGAGCCUGGAUAUGUGUUCACGCUCAACGACGACGUCAACAUCGUUGCGUCGGUGAUCUACCUCAAGCCCCCGGCGCCCAAGCGCGGGAUCCGGCUCAUGCUCCGCUGUGUGGAGGAGCCACACGCCGCUGUGUUCGCCGACGAGCUUGCCAAGUACGCUUAGCUGGAUGCUGCUUCUUGGUCAUGGCCGAGUACAUGUUCUCAUACCUGUAACACCUUCUCACUGUACUUUUUCUUCACAUUGGUGUGUAUGCAAUGUUUUCAUUUGUUUAGGUCACAUUCUGAUGCUUUGUGCAGGUAUAAAUCACACUAGUAUCUCUGCCAUGUGUUGAUUUCUUUUCAAUGUGGAACAAUUGUAAGCUGUCAGCCACAAGAAUGAAUAAAAUUCAGUUUAUGGUGGGGCAA